AUGGCUCCGAUUGAUUAUUUGCUCUUCGAAGAGCCUACCGGAUACGCGAUCUUCAAAGUGAAGUUACAACAGGAUGAUAUUGGAUCUCGUUUGAGUGAAGUGCAACAGCAGAUCAACGAUUUUGGUUCAUUUACUAAAUUGGUGGAACUUGUUUCGUUUGCUCCUUUCAAAGGCGCCGCUGAGGCGUUGGAAAAUGCUAAUGACAUCUCAGAAGGGUUGGUUUCCGAGAGUUUAAAGGCUAUUUUGAACUUGAACUUGCCAAAGGGUUCCAAGAAGCAGUCUGUGACUCUAGGUAUCUCUGAUCGGAAUCUGGGUCCAUCUAUCAAGGAGGAAUUUCCUUAUGUGGACUCUGUGUCCAACGAAUUGGCUCAGGACUUGCUUCGUGGUGUCAGACUGCAUGGCGAAAAACUGUUCAAAGGGUUGCAAUCUGGCGACUUGGAGAGAGCUCAGCUCGGGUUGGGUCACGCUUACUCGAGAGCCAAGGUUAAGUUUUCUGUGCAGAAGAACGAUAACCACAUUAUCCAAGCGAUUGCGCUGUUGGAUCAGUUGGACAAGGACAUCAACACUUUUGCAAUGAGAGUCAAGGAGUGGUACGGUUGGCAUUUCCCGGAGCUGGCUAAGCUGGUUCCAGACAACUAUACGUUUGCAAAACUGGUGCUGUUCAUCAAGGAUAAGGCGUCUUUGAACGAGGAUUCCCUGCACGAUUUGGCUGCCAUACUUAAUGACGACGCAGGCAUCGCCCAGAGAGUGAUCGAUAACGCUCGUAUCUCCAUGGGACAGGAUCUGUCUGAGACUGACAUGGAGAAUGUUUGCGUUUUCGCGCAGAGGGUGGUUUCUCUAGCCGACUACAGAAGACAACUGUACGAGUACUUGUGCGAGAAGAUGCACACCGUGGCUCCAAAUCUGUCUGAAUUGAUCGGUGAAGUUAUUGGCGCUAGGUUGAUCUCGCACGCGGGUUCGCUAACAAACUUAUCCAAACAAGCUGCCUCCACUGUGCAAAUUCUUGGCGCUGAAAAGGCCCUGUUCAGAGCUCUUAAGACCAAAGGCAACACCCCAAAAUACGGUUUGAUCUACCAUAGUGGGUUUAUCGCCAAGGCUUCAACUAAGAACAAGGGUAGAAUCUCCAGAUAUCUGGCCAACAAAUGUUCAAUGGCUUCGAGGAUCGACAACUAUUCCGACGAACCAAGCAACGUCUUUGGUUCAGUGCUAAGAAAGCAAGUAGAGCAAAGGUUAGAAUUUUACAGUACUGGUAAGCCAACUUUGAAGAACGAAUUGGCAAUUAAGGAAGCCAUGGAGCUGUAUAACGAUGGAAAGCCACAAGAAGAACAGAAGAAACCAGAAGACGAAGCAAAGAAGUCUAAGAAAAGAUCCAAGGAAGAAUCUGAAGAAGACGAAGAGGAAGAAGAUAAAAAGAAGGUGAAGAGAGACAAGAAGGAGAAGAAGGAGAAGAAGGACAAGAAGGAGAAGAAGGAGAAGAAAGAGAAGAAGGAAAAGAAGGAGAAAAAAGACAAGAAGGAGAAGAAAGACAAGAGUAAGAAGAACUGA